AUGGCGAGUAACGCAUCAGUCAACCUCGAGGAAUUACAAAGAAAAUUUCUAGAAUGUAGCAUUUGUUUUGAGAUGUUCGACGAAGAAAACCACCAUCCUCGGCUGUUGCCCUGUCUACACACCUUUUGCUAUUUAUGUCUCGAAAAUUUGCAUAUCGAUGGGAAAAUCAUAUGUCCACUCUGCAAAACCACUCAUAAAGUCACCGAUGGUUUGAACGCCUUUCAAAAAGACAACACUCGAAGAGAUCUGUUGGAUUUUGUCAAAGCUUCGUCCAAAAAAACUUUACUUUGUGAAAUGUGCGAUAAGAAAGAUAUUGCCACUCAUCACUGUAAUGAUUGCAAAUAUUUUAUUUGUGAAAAUUGUGUGCAGAUUCACACAACUGUUAUUUCGUAUAAAUCCCAUCAGCCGGUCCCAUUGCAGAAUGACUCAGUCAUUUUGCUUGAACAUCUAGAGCGUUUUGCACAUAAGAGCUUUUGCAAGGAAGAGGGCCAUGAGUCUAAGGAAAUUGAAAUAUACUGUUCCUCCUGCCAAAAACCUAUCUGUACAUUUUGCGUUCUUACUUCUCAUCUGAACCACAAAAUCUCAAUCAUUUCUAAAGAAUUUGAGGACGACCGCAAAAAGUUAUCAGAUGCUGCACUUGUUGUGAAAGGUAGAAUCUCAAGCAUAGAUAAAAUUUUGGGAGAUAUACAAAAUGAAUGCCAUGGCAUUAAUCUGAAAAGCAAAGAAGAAAAAGAAAAAAAUCGUGGAGUCAUUUCCAAGGGCAGAGAAAUAAUACAAAGAGUGGAAAAGGAUAUAUGUCGCUCAAUUGAUACUAUUGAAUCAAGAAAAAUCAGAAUAUUAGAGAAUCAAUGUUCUGAACUACAGAAAUUAAAGGAAUCAUGUGUUGAAGCAUGUGAAUUUCUUGAUUUUUCGCUAAUGUUUGAAAAUCAUGCUGCAUUUCUAGAGGUAUGGCCUUCCAUUGAAGGUAGAAUGGAGAAACUACAAUCUGCAACAUAUGACUCAAAUCCACGCACUCAAGCUAAGACUUUUAAAGUGUCAAAGGAAGAAAAUUUUCUUCCGUUACAAAAAGUUACAGAUGAUCUUGGAAAGCUACUUAAUAGCGAUGUUUAUGAACCCAAUUGCAGUGUCAUCAAUGCUGGUAAAUAUUGCAUAGUAGGAAGUGAAUUGAAAAUAGAAUUUAUUCUUCGAACCGUCGAUGGGAGUAUAGUAAAGAAUGAAAAUGUAAAAAUAGUAAUCGUAAGACAUCAAGGGGAUUUUUUACAAAUAAUAGAUUGCCAUUUGGAUAAUGAUACAUACAGAGGGAAAUGGAUAGCUAGAAAGCAAGGUAUAUUCACUUGGCAUGUAACCAAUAACGACAUCAAAAUACAGUUUCCGAAUAAUAUCAUAACGGUGAAGAAGGAAAAAAAGAUUGCGAAAUAA